AUGAGGCCACUACCAUUCCCCUUCGCCCUCAACAUCGGCACCGACAUCGUCCACCUCCCCCGAAUCGCCCGCCUCGUCAAUCGCCCCGGCGGCGACUACCUAACCCGCUUCACGCGUCGCAUCCUCAGCACCCAAGAGCAAAAAGACUUCCACACCCGAUUCAACCUCCACCUACCAUCGAGCACAAGCGCGCCCUCCCGUCCUCCAUUUCCCAUAACCUCCGACAUGACGCGCUGGCUCGCGGGACGGUUCGCGGCCAAAGAGGCAGCCCGGAAAGCCGCGCCGGGUGGGGCGGCUAUGAUUGGGUGGAAAGAUGUUGUGGUGCGAGUUGGAGAUUCGGAGAUGGGGUCUGGAAGACCGGAUAUUGUGUAUUUGGGGGAGGAUGGAGAGGGGAGGGAGGGGAGGUUGUCGAUCUCGCAUGAUGGGGAGUAUGUGGUUGCUACUGUGGUUGCGGCUGGAUGA